AUGAAUGCCGUGCUGUGGGGCAUUGCGUUGGCCAGCUCAUGCUUGCUUCAAACUGCAGCUGAUCUUACUGUGCAGCCAGAUUUUGACCCCAACAAGGUUGUUGGUGUAUGGAACUCAGUUGGAGUCAUAAUGGAUCAAGGCAAACGGCCGAAAAAUGGUUUUCAGCUUCGCAUGAAUGUUGUGAACAGUGGUGACAUGGCUUUGACUGUACAGUCAAUUAAAUACAACUGCCGGAAGGUGGUGGACUAUUUUGUGAAGACUAACCAGCCUGGAAUAUACAUCAGAAGAGGGACCACCACCACUGUUUCUAUCCUGGAUACAGAUUACAAGGAUUACGUCAUUAUACAUGCUAAAACACCAGAGCAAAAUUUGCUGCGUCUAUACGGGUGUUCAGAGACCCGUUUUUUGGAGAAGACCGAGGCAAAAUAUUUCCACGAGCAGCUUGCUUUGCCAAUGGAUACGUCUAUCCAUAAGUUCCGGCUAAAGAUGAUCCUGUCAUGA